AACACUGAAAAGGAAUUCAGAUACUCGUUUGUUUUCAUAUCACUUCCUUUUCUCGUGUGCUGUCCACACUUACGAAUCUGCAGCUUUUGUAUGGCAAAAUAAUGACUAAAAUGACUAGAAGUGACUUUUAUAUGCGUCAAUAAAUCCCCUUAGAACACAUAUUAUUGGGCCGCCGUGUUGCCACGUGACUGUUCAAUAGACCAUUUACGGUUAUUUAUGUGGUUAACCCUUCAGCACCAAAAUGUGACUAACAUAUAAUUUCUCCUUGCAAUGUUACAUCUGAAUCAAACAUUGAGGUCAUGAGAAUAAAGGACAUGACCACCAACUAAAGAAGCUCUUAAUUGUCAAACAGGAAUGUUUGACGAGCAAUUUUGAGAAAUGCAUAUUGAUGUAGGAGUGCAUGUUAAGGGUUAACGUCUGAGCUAAUUUAAACUUAUCAUUUUAUACAGAAUGCUUAUGACUUUUAUCAUGGUCUCACUUGUACAGAAAGAGUUGGAUGUCUUUAGAGAAACAGUGUGGAACACACACAGAAUACGAGCACAGAAAGAUACAGUACUUCCGGACGGAAUACCAGACCACAUCUAUAACUUUCCAGAGCAAUAUAACCUUAAAGACUGUGGUUUUGUGGUUACAGAGGAACAACUUGAUGAAGUAGCAAAAGAAUCUGGUGUUCUGAGAGUUCCAGAGAACUUCCUGACUGAAGAAUUCAGAGAAGAAUGCGAGCGUCUGAUACCAGAUAAAGACAUCAUUAAACCAGAUGAAUGGACAACUGCAUAUUUGUACUUGAAGGACAAGUGCACCCUUUCAAUUUGAUAAUUUUAUUCUCCA